GAAGAGAUAAAUUCCGAGGACAAGGCGCGAGCGAUGGGUAAGGCCCCGGUGGUCCUCACGCGCUACCUGCUGGAGUGGAUGUCGCAGAGCGUCGGCCAAUGCGUGAGAAAUUCGCCCAGCCUCACACACCUCGAGCUCGAGGGCAUCCCCUUUCCACCGGAUUGCAUCGCAGUGCUCUGCGUCGGCUUGUCGGGCACGCAGACCUUACACCAUCUGUCUCUUCGACGUUGUUACAUCGGCGACAACGGCUGCGAGCUGAUCUGCCGUAUGAUAGCGGACAUUCGUAGCGUGAGAUCGCUGAAUCUCAGUUACUGCAACCUCACGCCGAGCAGCGGCAGCGCGUUGGCGUCCGCGCUUUCGAGGCAAAAACUGGCGUUGUAUCACGAUACCUGGAAGCAAUCGCUGAGGUAUCGCGAGCCCAACUUCGAGACGAUGCCGGGGCUACGUCGACUAACCUUGAACGACAAUCCGCAUCUGGGUAACUGCGCCGUGCGGGAGAUGCUCGAGGCGAUAUGCGACAAUCUGUGGAUGAAGGCGUUGGAUCUUCAGCACUGCGGCUUGACAGAUCAGAUCGGCGCGGAUCUGCUAAACCUACUGGAUCAGAACAGCACGCUGGCGGUGCUCGACGUGAGGAGGAACGCGAAUCUGAACGACGAGCUCGCGAUGGAGGUAAUGAGAAGGCUAGUGGAGAACGACGUCGAGGGAAAGUCGGAGUACAAGUGGAUGGGAUUAGCGCCGAAGGACAAAAGGAUCGCGCCAGCCGACACUCGAAGAGGCAACGAGUACGAGGACACCGCGAAGCCCUCGAAAGUGCGAAGUGCCUUUACCAAGUACGCGAAGCGACCGUGUCAGGUGAUUCCACCGAGGAGAACAGUCCCGUUAACGCUUCUGCCAACGAAGAUAAAGAUCCGACCGCCUUCGCCGCCAGUUCGCGACACCGCUAUGCAGCAACGCGAUUUAAUCCAUUCGCAGACGAUUGACAACGUACGAACGAUACCCAAGGUCUCCCUUCACUUGGAUCUUCAAUCUUGCAUACAGCCCGCGACUCGCGUCGAUUGUGACGUAGACGCGCAAUCGGAACAUAAGAACGUCGUACGAUGCUCCGACGUGACAAGCCUGAAGAGCUUGGAUUCGACCAAGAUGGACGUCGGCACACAAAGCGUAAACCUGCAGGACGAUUCAGAAGAGAUCCAACGUAUCCUCGGGCAACUGGCGGAAGCCCAAGCGGAACACGAUCGUCUUCUGGAGGAGACCAAACGAACCGAUCUUCUGCUCGUCGAAGAACGAGAGCGCCGCGAAGCCGCCGAGAUGAACCUACGAUCGGCGCAAAAUGACGUGGCUAAGCUGGAAUGCGCUCUGAAGAUAAAGGAGAACGAGACCAGAGGUUACUUGCAGGUCAGCAAGCAGUCCUUGGACGAGAUAUGCUUGUCCUUCGAUCGGCUUCUGGAGCUGCUGGAGAACGUCACCGGCAAAUACCCGUCCGACAAGACGCUGGGCUCGCAGCAGAUCGCGAGCGCGGAUAUCAGGCGACGCUUGACGUCCGUCAUCAGACAGACCAAGUCGGAGAAUCUGAAGCGGGGCUACAAAAUGGACAUCGACAACGUGCUGCCACAGUACAUUGUGGACAGCGCGCGAAAAUUCGUCAAGUCCGAGAGUGACGUGAGAUCGAAUAUGCCGAUUCCGGUGACGUAUCUCGAGAGAAAGAUCGGCGAAUGUCCGGAGAACAGGGAGCCGCGCUAUUGGUAUCGCGACGCCAAUAACAAGCCGAUGACGUCCGUCGAUCGAGCCCGAGCGAUCUUCGCGAGCAUCGUUAGCGGCGAGGCUGUGCUCGACUUCUGCUAGUCGAUCGAUCGGCUGGGCUCAGCAAUCGUAUGCAAAGACAGUCGUAUAGUGGGACACCUUUCUUCAGAGGUUUCACCCGUGGGAUGUAUAUAUACAUAUUUUGUACACGUAUAUUAUAUACAUGUAUACACUACGUGCAGGGAAUGCACGCACGCACCCGCCGCGUUUAGACUUUCCAUCACUAAAGAGAUACUUCGAUUCUCCAUAGCGCGACUUCUUCGUUGUGGGCAUUAAUUUCGAUUCGAACAUAAACUUCUAAGUGAUGCCGUAAAAGCACGUAAAAAACUCUUAGACAUUUAUUAAUAGAUGUCUUUUGUACUUUGGUGUGUUAUUUUGUGAGAAGUAAACAAUUUUUAUUUCUAUAAUUCCAAUAUAUACAUAUGUAUAAAACUGCGUCCGGACAUUUCUCGCGAAAUUGGUAACAGAGCUGAGAAAAAUUAAGAUUACGACUCGCUUCAUAUUUUAACUUGUUCAUCAUCAUCUUAAUCCGUGAUUACACGACGAUGAUUCGAGCAUCAUAUAAAGAUGCAUUUGCAAAAUGCAUUUAUUUCUAUUGUAUCGCAUUCAAUCGCCAAAUAUUUUUUUGGAGUAAAAUAAAAGUGACGGAUGACGUGACGUGGGAAAUUGAGCAGUCAAUUAGUGAUCGAGUUAAAAAUAUGAAUUAGCGUUUCUGAAUAAACUUUGACGAAGUUUGUAAUCCACGGUCCGAAAACAAUGCGGCUAAUCGGGAAGAUCGAUUGCUCGCGCGACGAAAAACGUGUGUAACAUUCGAAUCCAUUUAUAGCCAUAUUUUUUCUUAGCGCGUUAUACUGUACAUGGAAUAAAUAUUGUCUAUUAUUUUCGUAAAAACUUUGUUCAAACAUUUCUUGCCGCGCGAGGAAGUUAAAAUAAUUCUUCCAGAUUGCAAUUCGCACAACGUUUUCCUUUCAUCGUUCUCGGUUUUCUCGGUGAGGCAGAUUAUAUGGGCCUGUUUAUAACUGUAAACUAUAAUCUUGAGUCAACCUUAAUUUAUGUGUAAUUAUAGAUUCCGAUGUCAUUGACGAUUAUACGGGUGUCUGCGCCGGUGCGGGUUUCAAAGCCUCAUGUUUACGCGAUCGAAUGGUUGAUUUUAACCCUUCGUCCCACUAGGUGGGUCGUUUUCGUCCGGGCGAAAAUCAAAUGUAGUUGUAACUUUUGCAAACGCGUAGAAAUGGCGCCACUGCGCAUCCGUAAAAAAAGUCAUGCUCCCCGAGAACCCGCCUACCGAGUUUCAAGGCGCCAGACCCCCUCCAGCCGUCACAGGAGACACGUAAUUCUUGAAAAAACGAGGUUGGCGGCGAACACUUAAGCACUUUAUUUCAAAAUAAUUGCAUGCAAUAUUUUUUUUAUGAAAGGUACGUUUUUCCCCUUCAAUUUCUUUUUUUAUUCAUUUCGAUAUCUUUAUUUGUCUUAAAGUUAUGAUUUUUUGAGUAAAAGAUGAUUUUACAAGUUGUAGUUGUAGUUGCUCCAUUUCUUAAAUAAAAAAUAUGUGAAAAAAUUAAAUUGCUUAUAAUUUUAUGAUUGAUACUUCAAAUUGAAGGUUUGAAUUACCUUCAUGAAUUUUUUCAGAUUUUUUGUAACAUUUUAACACUUAAAAAAAACGUCAAGACGAAAACGACUCACCUAUGCGGCGUAAAGGUACCAAAAAAACCUAGUGGGACGAAGGGUUAAUAGAAACGAUCUCUCUCUCUCUCUCUCUCUCUC